AUGUCACCAUCAGGAUGGCUGAGCGAUACCCCUACAGCCUCAACACCACCACCAGGAUGGCCGACCAAUUCCUCUACACUCUCAACACCACAACCAGGAUGGCCGAGUGAGACCCCUACUCUCUCAUCACCACCACCAGGAUGGCCGAGUGAGACACCGACACUCUCAUUACCACCAUCAGGAUGGCCGAGUGAGACACCGACACUCUCAUCAACACCACCAGGAUGGCCGAGUGAGACCCCUACUCUCUCAACACCACCACCAGGAUGGCCGAGUGAGACACCGACACUCUCAUCACCACCACCAGGAUGGCCGAGUGAGACCCCUACUCUCUCAACACCACCACCAGGAUGGCCGAGUGAGACACCGACACUCUCAUCACCACCACCAGGAUGGCCGAGUGAGACACCGACACUCUCAUCACCACCACCAGGAUGGCCGAGUGAGACCCCUACUCUCUCAACACCACCACCAGGAUGGCCGAGUGAGACACCGACACUCUCAUCACCACCAUCAGGAUGGCCGAGUGAGACACUGACACUCUCAUCACCACCAUCAGGAUGGCCGAGUGAGACACCGACACUCUAA